AGCAAAGUGGGGGGGGAGGGAGUGAGGGAGGCAAGGAGGUUGCCGGCGUCGAGUCGCUGUGGGCAGCGGCGGCAGCAGUAGCAGCAGCAAGCGGCGGCAGCAGAAGUAGCAGCAAGCGGCAGCUGCCGCAUCGCGGCGAGUGGCCCGACUCCCCCCCCCCUCCCCUUUGUUAGCCUCGGCGUCCCGCGUGAGACCGCCAAGGGGUUACACUGCGUCGUCGUCGUCGUCUCCUCAUCGUCGUUGUUGUCUCCUCAUCAUCGUCGUUGUCGACGGCGUCUCUCUCUCUCUCGUGAGUUGGUCAAGGCCUCGCUCACACGCGCCGCUGUGUAGUUCGUGUCCGUGGUGGCGAGGUGAAGGGAAGAGGAGCCGCUUGGAGAGAGAGAGAGAGCGGCCACAGGAGGAGGAGGAGGAUCUCCUCUGGAUUUACAAAGCACCAUAAGGACAUGCAGUACCGUAGCAACGCUUAGCCGAGUCCCAUCCCCCGCAAACUGAAUGGGCAGCGUUCUUCGCUUGAACACGUCCCGUUGAGCUGCGCACGUGACCAGAACCACGGGUAACCGUCCAUGCGCCGCGAAAACAAGGACUUGACGGAGCGUGCGUGACACACGGGGCGGCGCGAAAGGAGCAAUGGCACAGCUGGAGAGUGGAGGGAUGAUGCGGAGGGGACCGUCCUCGGCGAGGUCCGGCGCCCGUGUUCGCGCCUACUCGGCCGAGAGCGUGGGCAUGGAGGAGGCGCUGCGCAUGGAGGCUGAUGCGCUGGCCAAGCUCCAGAAGAGCAAAGCAAAGGGUGCGGUGAGCCAGCACGGCGGCCAGGCGGAGGCGAAAUCGGCGGGCAGCAGACGGGAAGCACCGGCAAGCGGCGCUUCAGGCCCUGCGCGGUCCCAGCUGGACAGCGACCUCAUCUCAUUCCCAGAGGGUGACUUGGAGCGCCGGUGGCAGCAGAAAGCAGCCGAGGCCAAGGACUUGGCUGACCUGGAACUGCUACUGCUCGUUAAUGGCACGGGCACCGGAACGAGCACCAUCACCCCUGCUCAACCAGCGCCAGUCGUGUCCCCAGCACUGCCAACGGUUUCUGGCCGUGCUCCCUCUACCCCGCUGCCCUCCUUUUCACCCCUGUCUGCACCAAGCCAUGCUGUGCUGCAAACUCAGAUGCUGCCGCUGAGUCGGAGCUUGCCACAGAGCCAGACGCUCCCACCAAACCACCUCAUGGGCGCUCUGCCGUUCGCCGCGGCACAGCAGCAAAUUUCGUUGUGUCCAUCCGGCUACAGUCAGCCCAUGGCCGGCUUUGCCAAAGAUUCCAACCUGCCCAGAAACCAUGCUGUGGCGGCUGUCUCGUACUCGUACCCACAGCUGCAAGCCGCUUUUCCACAGUGGGGCGCCGCUGGGAGCCUCGCUGCUUUCCCAAUGCACCGCCCGGUCGUGGGCUUCACGCCACCUGGAGCCGGCUACACGCAUGCCGCUCACACGGCCGAGUGGGCCGAGGUCUACAACAAGAUCGCCACCAUCAAGAAGACGAGGCAGAGCGAGAGCCAGGGAAGCGGCCAGAAGUCCCCCUCGGACUUUGAAGCGUUGGACCUGAACCCCGUGUCGCUCAAGUCUCCGGAGACCCCGCGCUCUGGAGGCUGCGACUGGCUCGACCUGGACCCGAUCGGCAAGCUGCCGCAGACGGUCGGCGAGUCGGCCAAGAUGAAUGGCGGAGUCAAGGGCGUUGAGAGCCGGACCGGGGCCAUCGCGGCGGGCGCUGCCGCCCCUGACAAGGACCCCUGGGAUGCAGUUCUCCUGCAGCCGCAGAGCCAGGCCGGCAGCCAGAAAAGUGUCACGGAAGCAAAUGGCAACUCUGAUGGGAAUCGGCUGAGCGGCCCCGUGGAGGGUCGCCCCAUGAGCCCGGCAGCCUCAAGGCCACUUUCCAGGACACUGUCGGACGAGGCACCGUCGGAAUCAGGAUCUCGGGGAAAGAGUAACAUCUCUAGCAAGUGUUCAAACCUAGGGGAUGGUUCAUCAGAAGAUGCGCUGUUUAAAUCGUCGGAUCGCAAAAACGAAGAGGUGGCAUCUUUCUGCGACAUGAUCACAAAGCUUCGUGAAGAGCACCCUCACAUGUCGUGCAGUAACCUCGGCUUCGUGCUGAGCCCUGUGCUCCUCGAGAGAGACCUGAGCAAGGAGAACGUGAGCGUCAAGGUCACCAUCGAGAUGGAAGGCCUGCAGCAGCCAGUCACGUUCACCUGCGACGUGAGCUCCCCGGUGGAGCUGAUCGUCAUUCAGGCACUGUGCUGCACCCACGACGACCUCGGCAAGGUGGUGACCAGCGACUACGUGCUCCGCGUGUGUGGCCGGGAGGAGGUGCUGCAGAGCCGGCAGUGCCUGGGCAGCCACGAACACAUCCAUCUGUGCCGCAAGUUCGACACGGACAUCCGCCUGCAGCUGCUGCACGUCUCGGCCAUGCGGCACGACCUCGCACGCACGAGCGAAGACGACGCUGAUCCAACAGACUUGCAGCAGCACCUGCAUCUCUACAGCCACCCUCUGAAGCACACCGUCUCCAGGAAAGGGCUAUCACAGCUGAUGGAUGCGUACCACAAUGAACUGGACAUUUUCUUGCAAACCAAGUGGGAGCAGCACCGUGGGAUGGAAAGGGUGGCGCAUGCCACCAAGGCCGUGUGCAGUGCGCUGUCCCACAUCGAGACCCCGGCCGUCACGGAGGCUGUGCAGGCUCUGCGGCAUGCAGCCAACCGCCCACGCCAUACGACUAUAGAGGCCACGGGGGCGACAGCGAGCGAGAGGCUCUCGGUGGAGAACAAGCGCUCGCACACCCUGCCGGGAAAGCAAGAUGCGAGGCGCGCGGGCAACAGCGGGGAGGUGGAGACGCAGGCGGAGCGGCUGACGGCGGCACUCUACGAGCUCGUGGAGCUCUACUGCGCCGCCUUCGAUGCCGACUUCCUGCCCGGCGCGACGGAGGGGAUCGUGGCGCGUGACGCCGCCGUGCGGGAGGCGCCCGGAGUCACCGACACGCUGCGCUUCACGCUGCACGCCGCGCACCACGUGCCGGCCAGCUGGAUCACCAGCUAUGAGAAGUACAACAUCGUGUGCUCUCUGACGCAUGGAGGCCGGCCGAUCCUGCAGCCGUACAAGUGUCAGUCGGGCCGCAUGUACAAAAGCUUCUUCCACCAAAUCCGCUGGAAUGAUCAGGUGAACUUGCCAGUGCAGGUGUCCCAGCUGCCGCGCGAGACGGUGCUCAGGGUAUCCCUGCAAGGUGUCCCACAGCCAUCCGCCUCCGGGGGCUCCCCCGACAGCAGCAAGCAGCGUCGCAGCCCCGAGCCGCUGGGCUGGGCCACCAUGCCGCUCUUCAACUUCAGGCAAGUGUUGACCAGCGGAACGAACCUGCUGUGCCUGGGCCCACCGAGUCAGGCGAGCUACGCAGCCAGCUGCAGCGCUGCCCACCUGCUGCAGCCAGACAGCGUCAUCCUCCAGCUGGAUUUCCCACCGACGAAGCUGGAUAUCAUAUUCCCCACUCCGAUGGCAAGGGGGUUGUGGCUGCAGUACAACUUCGAGGACAUGGACCCCGACACAAGGAAGAGCCUCCAAGCGAUCAUGUCCAAGGACUCGGUGCUGGGGCUGGGAGAGGACGACAAGGUGCUGCUGUGGGAGAAGAGGCACCACCUCCAUGCUCAGGCGAACGCGCUGCCUUGGCUCCUAGCCAGCGCCCCCAGUUGGCAGUGCUCAGCCCUGCCCGACAUCUAUGCCCUGCUGGGACACUGGCCCGCCCUCUCGCCUGUGCACGCCCUCAUGCUGCUGCACUCCAACUUUGCGGACCAGGAAGUACGGCGUACGGCGGUGGAGUGGAUCGCGUGCGUGUCUGAUGACGAGCUUGCCGACUACCUGCCACAGCUGCUGCAGGCAUUGAAGCACGAGUGUUACCUGGACAAUGCUCUCAUGAGGUUUCUACUGGGAAGGUCCAUGUCGAACAUCCGAAUAGCCCACUACCUCUACUGGCUUCUGAAGGACACGUUGGAAGACGGGCAUUUUGGCGGGCGCUCCCACCGUGUGCUCGGCGCGCUGCUCUGCUGCUGCGGGCGCACGCUGCGCCACGACCUUGAGAGCCAGACGCGGCUCGUGCACACGCUGGCCACCGUGGCCGAGAAGGUGCGGCAGGCAACUGGCUCCACCAGACAGGCCAUGCUGCAGGAGGGCAUGGAGAAGGUACAGCAGACGUGCUUCCGAAACGCUGGCAGCUCUCGUCUGCCCAUCUGCCCCAGCCUGGCAAUCCGCGGUGUCAACCAAAAGGCCUGCUCUUUCUUCAAUUCCAACGCUGUCCCUCUGAAAGUUUCUUUCCUCAAUGCUGACCCAUCUGGAGAGGACAUUCAAAUCAUGUUCAAGGUGGGCGACGACCUGAGGCAGGACAUGCUGACCCUGCAGAUGAUCAAGAUCAUGGACAAGAUCUGGCUGCAGGAGGGUCUGGACAUGCGCAUGGUGUUGUUCAAGUGCAUCUCCACUGGGAAGGAGCGGGGCAUGGUGGAGCUGGUGCUGGCCUCGGACACUCUGCGGAAGAUCCAGGUCGAGCACGGGGUGACGGGCUCCUUCAAGGACAAGCCCCUGGCCGAGUGGCUGCAGAAACACAACCCCACCGAGCAAGAGUACGAGAAGGCGGUGGAGAACUUCAUCUACUCAUGCGCCGGCUGCUGCGUGGCCACGUACGUGCUGGGCAUCUGCGACCGGCACAACGACAACAUCAUGCUGCGCACCACGGGGCACAUGUUCCACAUCGACUUCGGCAAGUUCCUGGGUCACGCGCAGAUGUUCGGCAACAUCAAGCGUGACCGGGCGCCGUUUGUGCUCACGUCGGACAUGGCAUACGUGAUCAAUGGUGGGGAGAGGCCCACCAGCCGCUUCCAGCACUUUGUGGACCUGUGCUGCCAGGCUUACAACCUCAUCCGCAAGCACACCAACCUCUUCCUCAACCUCCUCGGCCUGAUGAUGUCAUCGGGAAUACCAGAACUUGCCGAUGUUCAGGAUUUGAAAUACGUUUAUGAAGCGCUGAUGCCACAGGCUACAGACACGGAGGCAACAGCCCAGUUCACAAGGCUGAUUGAGUCGAGCCUGGGCAGCAUGGCCACCAAGGUGAACUUCUUCAUCCACAACCUGGCGCAGCGCUUCUCGGGCCCGCAGACCUCCAACGAGGAGCCCACGCUCUCCUUCAACUCGAAGCAGCACAGCCUGCGCACGGACGGGCGCAUCUGCGAGGCGUCCGUCUACGCGUACCAGAAGCGCUACAACCCCGAGAAAUACUACAUUUACGUAGUGAAGGUGGUGCGGGAGGCCAUGCCGGUUCCUACAUUCAUCCUGAGGACCUUUGCAGAGUUCCAGGAACUGCACAACAAGCUCUGCAUGCUCUUCUCAUCAUUGCUGCUGCCCAGCUUUCCAAAUAAAUUGAUCUUGGGACGCACGCAUGUCGAGGAGGUGGCUUCCCGGAGGAAAACGGACCUCCACAACUACCUGCAGGAACUCGUGCAGUGCAAAUCUGACAUCACGGAGUGCGACCUCCUGUACACUUUUUUCCAUCCGAUCCUGAGAGACGAGAAGGUCAAGGAAGAGGUGACCAGACUAAAUGAGCCGUUCCCUCAAACGCUGACGGCGGAGAAAGUGGGGGGCAAGGUGAAGCUCUCCGUGUCCUACCGCAAUGCCGCGCUGUUCAUCAUGGUCAUGCACAUUAAAGACCUGGUGUUCACUGAUGGAGCCGAUCCAGACCCGUACGUCAAGACCUACCUGCUUCCCGACCCAAACAGAGUCACCAAGAGGAAGACCAAGAUCGCCCGCAAGACACUCAACCCCACCUACAACGAAAUGCUCGUGUACAACUGCUUCAGCAAGGAGGCUCUGAAGCAGCGGCGACUGCAGCUGAGCGUGUGGAGCGCCGAGGCCCUGCGUGAGAACAUCUUCCUGGGCGGCCUCAGCUUGUCCCUGCGGGAACUGGACUUGGACCACGAGACCGUGGGCUGGUUCCCCCUGCAAGGCUCGCUGGGAGAGUAGCCGGCCUGGGAUCCGCCCGACCAACCUCCCGCUCCGAGAACAGUUGCGCGCACUGGAGGGGUUUCGCUUGAAGUCGGCGAGUUGAGCGCAGGAGCAAGCGCCCACUCGCCCGCACUGAGGCCGGUUCGCCUGGCCGCUUUGCUCAUUCCAGCGGAGGCGGCAAUAAUAGCAGCAGCAGCAGCAACUCCGUGGUGCUAAAUUUCUGAACGCGAAAAUAACAAUAACCGAGUCUGCUGAGGCAGUGCCUGCACAGGCUGAGCCCGCGUAGCUCGCAGAUGUAAUGCGUUGUGACCCCGUGGUCGCUGGCUUAAAUGUUAUAGUUUUGUGGAUGGGGGCAGCGGCUGAUGGCAUCGAGCAUCAAUCGGCAAGCCGACGGGAGUGGGAGGGACGCGACUGAAGACGAUGCCGAGCAGGGCGAAGGACUGACUGUGGAAACACCGACAGUUCUGACGUGUCAUCUCAGUCACACACUGCUUAAGCCAUUUACCAGCCAUAACUCCCCUCCAAUAACCUUGCUCCUAAGUGGGAGUACAAGGUUGGUUCGCACUUGCCAGUGUUAGUGCAUUCCACUAUUUUCUUUAUCCGCGAGCACAGCCGAGUGCCUUCUUGCUCCAAACAAUGUAAAUGACUCGUGGAUAUUCGCAUGUGAAAACCUCCAAGCAACCAUCUGCUGCAUGAAAUACCAUUGCAGUCACUGACAAUACGUCUUGUCGAUAAUGUUAACAGGCGCCGCAAGCCUCCGAAUGGGUUCAGUCAGAUACCGCCUCUUGGGGGUUUAAAUCCAGAUUUCUUUUGUCAGUAGGAAGCUGGCAGUCCUCAACACGCAUAUUGAUGUUUCAGCUUGAGGCGACCCUGACGACAACUUCUAGAACUGCCCAGCGUAUGGCCACUGGUUAUUUCCGUGGACACCACCUCGUACAAUAAUGAAAGUAAGUAAUAGUUUUGUGCAACCGCACACUGCAGUGAGAUAAUAUAAAGUCACGAAUGGGGUUGCAGGUUUGAGAACGUUGACACUGCUGUUGUGUCUACAAGAUGAUUUAAGCGGAGCAAAAGCAUGCUCGUGCAGUUUUAAUGAGCAACAUCGACAGCAACAUUGCAGUUGUGAUAGCUGACUUGGAGACGGUGGCUUCUGCUUGCUUCCCAGCUGUUGAGGUCAACAGAUCCUCGGUAAUGGCUUUGAAUACCUUGCAAUGUCAGUUCUUUGAUGUCGUAGCUCGCUGUUCUAGUAACAUAAAUACAUAAUGCACUAAGCAAAUAACAAGCCACGACAUUUUCCUAACCUUUCAGUCGGGGCAAGAAUGGACAUUAAAAUUAUUAUUAAAAGGCACUUGCAGUUGACCUUUUAACAAUACAAUUAUGCCAGACAAAUUAGAGUUAUUCCAUUGUUUGCUAUUUUUUGCAAUGCUGCUAAACAACCUGCAGCUAUAAAAAAAAAAUGUCGUGUAAAUGCGAAUUCAUGAAGUUUCUCUGUUUUUUUCUGGACAAAAGUGGUGCACGUCGUUAUUUGUGAGCGCCCAUGAAUAAAGAAACAGACGGUGAUGUUGAGAACGAGGCGGUGAUGUUGAGAACGAGGCCGUGACGAUGCCGCGAUGGUUACUUGUCAGAUGGACGAUGCAGCUUAUUCUGAAGGACAACAAUGGAGUAACUAUGGCCUUGAAAUUCCCAUUACUGUGAGGGCUUGAAGGGGGGGACCAAAUGAGCAUGCCCGCACCGGUAUCUGAUCCCGUGCGGGUGUGGAACACACCCACGCGACGUAAGCAGAGGCAAAUGCGCCUGCCCUCGUCGGCGAAUUGCUGCGACUCGUGUGGACACGGCCCCAGCCGACGACUACUGGGGGAUGAACAGAUGAGGCAUUAUGGGCCACUUGUAGGAAGGCUUUAACCGGACGGGAUUGUGCGCGUUUGUUUGGAUCGAUGUCACGUGCCUUUUGGGGGGGUGACUUGCCGCGUGCCAGCAAGGCGCACAACGGAGGAAGGCAGCAAUGCCAGGCAUUAUUGUUGAAUGUAACACUCCACGAGUUUACACCGCGCUGGAGCGUGCGAGGUGAAGUGUGUGAAUUGUUGUUCACUUCAGACACCAGCCUGUGGCAACUUGCUAAUCGCACAUCGCUCGAUGAGAAACUGUUGAAUGGUUCGUCUGAACGAGAGAGGCGCGAGUGAAAAGGGUAAUGCGCGCACACAAACGCAACGUGUUUUUUGUGCUCUUGGAGAGUGCACGCUUAUCCGUAACCAAAAUUUGUACGAGUUCAUUGAGAGCAUGCAGACACCGUGCCUGGAGGUAUCUGAACGUGACAUCACGUCCAAUAGUCGGUCACGUGAAAGGGAAUUGUUCAUGGUGCGUUCGAGUUUGUGAAGUAGUUUUUGUUUUGCAGCUGCAGGAAAUCCGCUCGCGCGUUUCGGAUGAGAUAAUAUGAACGUACGGUCAGUGCAUUGAACUGCGAUUCGGCGGGGUGAGGGUGUGUGUAACCUGUUGGGGGUAGUGUUGUUCACAGCCUUGUGCGAACGAGGCCAGCAGGUGCGCACACGCACGCGUAUGGGCCCUCAUUCUCACGUUUCUGGUAUCUGCACUAAUUACCUAUGUUUCCCACCCCCACUGGUUUAUCCGACAUACAUGCUUCCACUCCCCCCCCCCCCCCUUUAUAUUGUGUACAGCGCCUUGGAAUGAAGUUGCAUUGAUAUGCUGCAAGUUCAAAUGAUAAUAAAUACAAAUCUGUACCGAUAAUUAGUUUGAGAUUUCUAAAAUGGUUAAAACGACUGAAUUUGAUGGACCAAUAACUUUGUGUAAUGCAUACACUGCUUUAUGCACCAAAUUGCUCACAAAGAAAGCUAAGCAAUAUUUAAAUUAUCUUGGGAAUCUGUGUGUGUCUUUGCUUAUAAAACACCAAGGCAUACAGAGCCGGUAUAGUUACAUUCACGUGAAGAGCAGUUGCAGUGAACUGCAGGCACCUUAUUCAUGAUGCUUCACCGUUACGCAACGCAUGUCCGCUCUGCUUUUCUUCGCUUAGUUCUGUGAUGAUGUCUUGAGUGCCAAAUAAAUUGAGAAUUUGUCACAACAUGAAGAAUAUAAGUGUUAGUUAAGGGAAUUUGUGAAAAUCUGAAACCUCGCUCGUUUGUUUGAUUUGUUGCAGUAUUUUGUUAUGUUAAUACGUUUUAGCACUAACCGUUUAAUAUUUGCGCGUAUUUCUCCAACAAGCAUCAGAUCCUAUUGUUAUUUUAACACAAGCACACUCCAUGACUGGGAAAUUGCAAGAACAGCAAUUUAGUUACCCGAUCACGAAUCACGACUAACCAAUGUUUGACUUUUUUAUGUACUUCAUAGAUACGUCUCAUUAAUUCUGAUUUAAAACUACUUUUGUCAGUUCAUUUACCUAUCAAUUGUGUUAAUUAUUAUGAAUGUGCAAAUUCACUGCUCCCGAACAUGGCCCUCUAUCACGUCUCGUGGAUGAAUAGGCCUCAUUAUAUUUGAUCAAUGGUUAUUUCGUCUCUGAUGAGGUUUUAUGUCCCUUUGAUUUAGCCUAAUCAAACAACGCUGUACCAUUAAGGCAGUAUUGCCACUGACCUUUCAUUCCUACAGUUAAGUCAAACACUUGGGCACCAGUAAAACAAAUGUUGAAAUGUUUCUCAAAUGUUGAAGAAAAAAUAACAUGUUGCCAGUACUUGUGUAAAGAACACUUUCUAUUUCCAUCAAAUGAUGGGUUACAACCUUUCCCGUGAGUUGUUCAUGCUGGUUUAUGUGUGUGUGUAUAUAUAUAAAGUAAAACAUCCAUGCAGACUUUAAGGUCGUGCUUUCUCCGCCGCUAACUUCAAAGCGGUUGUUGUUGUAUACACGCUUCUUACACUGUGAAAAUCGUGUGAAUAGACUGCCGGUGGAUUGUUAGGAUUCAUGAAAAAUCGUGUUUUAAGAGUUGCAAGCGGUGUGCACUCCUGGGACGACAUCGGUAGGGCAGGGAGAUACGUGAACCUGGGACAACGUAAUGGUGUGUGCACAAGUCAAGACGCUGUAAAUACGUGGACUUGGAGGAGACUUUCGCUUUAAAGAUGUUAAAACUGAGACUAUAAAUACAGAGCAGUGUUCAUCGUUAGUGCAUCUUUUUUUUACUUAAACAAAAUUACGAGAUUAUUGCAUCGUGUACGGUUUAAAACUCAAUUUAUGAAAUGAAAACUGAUAACAUACUUAUUUUAUUUGUGUUUUGUCCACAUGGGUUAUGUUCAGUAUCUUGAAAAUGCAGUACUGUGUUCAAGCUUUCUGGAUUUGAAGGUUGCUUAAGGGGUCGUUUUGGCUAAAUGGUUAAUAUUAGAAUGUUGUAAUUUUCUCGUACAUUUAAAUUCCCUUUGUGAUUGAACACUGCUGUUGUCGCUAUCUUUGCUUAUAAAUGAGAUCAGAAUGGAAGGUAUUGGGCAGCACUGCACCCUGCGUUCGUGAUAAAAAAAACAUCCUUACAGCCCUCGUGUGUUUCAGGCAGUAGAUUAUGAAAAUGAAACUAUUUUCAAUGCUAUCCUAAAUACUGUAUUACUGGGACUUAACAUGUGUUUAUUUUACGUUUAAUAUCAAUAGAGCAUAUAUACAGUAACGUAUCAAAGCCAUUGUU